UAGAAGACGUGUAGUAUAUAGCAGAGAUAUAUACGUAUGUACUUAUUUACACAAGCAAAAACAUAGCGACCUCUUGAAAAAAAAAUCAAAACUAUGUAUGCUUAGAUACAAUAUGAUUCAUUGUACAUAUAUUUACUGAGGUUAGAAAUCACAAUCUAUAAUGUAAGAAUAGAAUAUUGAGUAUUUGAAUCUUAUGUUCUCGAAGACCAAUACUAUAAAAAUAAAUACACCAUUAAGCAAACUGUUGAUAAUUUUUCAAUUGAGGUUACUCUUUAUUAUAUGACUAUCACAGUCACAAUUUCCAUGUAGAACAAUAUAAUUCUUUGAAUUUCAUUUCUGUUUCCCUAUUUUAUUUUAACCAUUAUAUUUACUAAACAUUCGAUCGAGUUGUAAAUGUCAGAAAUUUGUACACAAUUUUUAAAAAAUCCAGCUUCGUGUUGAUUAGUUUUAUCGUUUUAUAUGCGUCACAUUCCAAUAAAACCGAUGACUACAUAAAUUCUCUGAAUACAACUGGCUUGAAAAACUUGGUACGAUCGAGGCGCUCGUUGUCCAACGUACAUAUAUACACGUUCGCGGUAAAAAGAUACGUACUGUGUGUGUCACUAACGAUAGUCAAGCAAAAUGGCAUCUUACUCGGAGGAUCAGUUAGCAGAAUUUCAAGAGGCAUUUCAACUGUUUGACAGUCGAGGAGAUGGGAAAAUUCACGUAGCCCAAAUUGGUGAUGCAUUGCGUGCUCUAGGACAAAAUCCAACUGAGUCAGAUGUUAAAAAAUUUACUCAUCAACACAAACCUGAUGAGCGUAUUAGUUUUGAAGUGUUUCUACCAAUUUAUCAAGCUAUAAGCAAAGCUCGCACAUCUGAUACAGCUGAUGAUUUUAUAGAAGGAUUACGUCACUUUGAUAAAGAUGGAAAUGGUUUCAUUUCUUCUGCUGAACUAAGACAUCUUUUAACCACACUAGGUGAGAAACUGAGUGAUGAAGAAGUUGAAACCCUAUUGGCUGGUCAUGAAGAUUCGCAGGGUAACAUUAAUUAUGAAGAUUUUGUUCGACAAGUGAUGUGUGGUUAAAUUCCCAUCUUACUAGAUACAAGUAAUUAUCAAUCAGAGAAAUUUGUAUCUGCCAUAAAGUAUUUUUCAAGCAUUUAA